AUGGAGGAUCUACGUGAAGCAAGCGUACAAACGCCUGCACCUGGGGGAGACUUCCCAAAGCCAUCAAGGGAAAUACGGCAGCACCAAGCAAAUCUAGAGAGGCAGCUCAGAGAGAUGCGGCAACGUGAAGAAAGCUUACAAAGCCAACUUAGGGAGACGCAGCAACGUGAAGAAAACGCACAAAGGCAGUUAAGGGAGAUGCAGCAAAACUCUCAAAGACAGUUAAGAGAGAUGCAACAACGUGAACAAAACUUACAAAGUCAGCUUAGGGAGAUGCAGCAGCGAUUUGAAAACUCCCAACAACGGGUUUCCACCUUGGAAAGGCAGCUGAGAGACAAAGACCAGGAAGUAAAUGAACUUGUGUUAAGUCUUUCGUUAGCCCAGCAAACAAUAAGUGAACAGCAACAACAGGAAUCAUGCGAUUGGGUCAUUUCCCGCGAUGAAAUUCAAAUGACCAAUAAAUGCCUUGGCAGGGGAGGCUGGGGAAGUGUUUAUAGGGCGUGUAUUGUGGCUGCACUGUAGCAGUAAAGCAAAUUCAUGAUCUGAUUCUUUCCCCUCAUAAUAUUCGUCUUUUUGAGAGAGAAAUGAAUAUUGCAUCCAAAUGUCGCCAUCCUCACUUGCUUCAGUUUAUCGGCGCCACUAACGAUGAGGGAAACCCUCUGUUUGUGACGGAGCUGAUGGAAGAAAGUUUGCGAGCUCUGUUAGAACAGCGGCAACUCUCCGAGAUAGAAAUACGUGUCAUUCUUCUGGAUGUAGCCCGAGCAAUCAACUACCUUCAUCAGAAGAAACCAGAGCCCAUCAUUCACCGGGAUGUGAGCAGUGCUAAUGUGUUGCUAUGGCGACAGGGUGACCAAUGGAGAGGCAAAAUGUCAGAUUAUGGCACUGCUAAUUUCAUGCAGCAGACCAUGACAGUGGCUCCUGGAGCUAUGAUUUACAGCGCACCUGAAGCACUUACAUCAAACCAAACGGUCAAGGUGAGUUUUCUUGAAUUUGCUCUUGAAUUUGCUCUUGAAUUGCUUUUCUGAUUCAAACACUGUUUCAUCAACACGUUUUACAUUAAGACGAAACGCGUUGGUGCAUUGAUUUUGAGCGCGUAGGAUUUUAAGGCCUGGUUGGUCGUUUACUCACAGAAAAGAAUCUCUACUACACUAUGUCCUUCUUCACCUUGGUGUAAAAUUGGAAGCAGCAAAUUGAUGCUGAUCUGUUUAGCUUUGUGUGAGCCAGACUAACAUUCUGUGCUCAUUCUCUUGCUGCUUAAUUCCCGGCCAAACAGUGGUAACGGUGAUAGUUUUUACCUUCACCGUUUGACCUCAAACAUUUAUGGGUAAUCUCGACUACUGAUCGUUUUCCAGGAGUUUACACUGUACACAACGAAAGCAAGCUGUAGACGUGUGGUUUUCUCAUUAAAUGUUUUAAAAUUGAUUUUAUCCAUUUAAAGAUUUUUUAAUCUGACCGAAUACAUAGAGAUUAUCGUUAAAAAUUCAGGUCUAAUUACGCACACAGGAAUGCAGAUUUGGAUUUGAUACUGGUUGCGUAGUUACAAAAAGAGGGAAUGAUCUAAAAUGACCUAAAAAUGUGCUACAAUGGUAUCUAAAAUAAAUAUUAAAAGAUGUCUCAAAUAACCUUAAAUUAUUAAACUAAUAUAGGCAAUAGGAAUGUAAUUUCGUUGACCGCGCAUGUGGUUUCGAAAGAGUUCUUCUGUUAAAAUAUGUUUGUAACAUGUUUCCUGAAGAAUGCAACAACGUUACGUUGACACACAACACAAUGGAUUAGCAUGACACGUAAGCCUCCCACUCACGCGGCGCGGAGAUCAUGGCGCGCUAAAAAGCCAGUUUGCCGAACAAAUCAGUUGCCAUUAGAUCUCACAUCGCACUUGUUCUACAUCAAUCAAAACUCCAAAUGAUCAGGUCCAAUCGUCGCAGCUUACAUAUUCAUUCCGAAAUUUUAUUUAGUCUGAUCUCAGGUGUAAUACAGUCGACAGGUAAACUCAAGAUUUUUGCGCCAUCAGCUCUACUCCAAUCAAAGCUGCGUUGCUGGGCGAAUUUUUUUUCCUCGUGUCAUUAUCUCCGCACCGCGUGACAAGAAGACUUACGUGACACACUAAUCCUGCUCUUUGUCAACGUAAAGUUUAUAUUCAGUUGUUUAUUAGGAAACAUUCAGCGCUAUAACUAAGAAGUAGGUGAGACCGAGAACUGUCCACAACUGAUGGGCCUGAACUUUAGGGAAGUUUCAAUUGUUUCGAAACCACUUGCGAGGUCAGCAAAAAACAAAAUAAUAAUAUUAAAAAUAAAAAAUAUGUGUAUCGUUCAUAGGUUGAUGUUUAUAGCUUUGGUGUUCUUCUUUGUGAAAUGUGCGUCCGAGAACUUCCAGAUCCUAGAAGGCGUGAACAGCAAGUUCUGCUCAUGACGAACCAUGUGUUGAGAGGCCUGGUGCGGCGAUGCCUGCAGACAGAUCCUGAAGCGAGACCAACCAUGCAAAGGAUAAUCGAUGAACUGUCAAGAUCUGUGUAA